GCGGCACUGUUGUUUGCACUUUGGACUUUCUCUUGGAAUCUUCGGACCAAGGUCUAUAAACUCAGAACUCCAAGAUGAUCAACUCGGGAAAGUUAGCUGGACGGACGCUCUUCAUCACGGGCGCCUCACGGGGCAUAGGCAAGGAGAUUGCCCUGAAGGCGGCCAGAGAUGGAGCCAACAUCGUUGUGGCAGCCAAGACGGCCGAGCCGCAUCCCAAGCUGCCCGGCACCAUUUUCUCAGCGGCGGAGGAGAUAGAGAAGGCCGGUGGUAAGGCGUUUCCCUGCGUAGUGGACGUGCGGGACGAGAAGCAGGUGCGCACUGCCGUCCAGGAGGCGGUGGCCAAGUUCGGAGGCAUAGACAUUGUGGUGAACAACGCCAGUGCCAUCUCCCUAACCAAUACGCCCAACACGGACAUGAAGCGCUACGAUUUGAUGCACAACAUCAACACACGCGGCACCUUCCUGGUCUCCAAGGAGUGCCUGCCUUACCUGCAGAAGAGCAACCACGCCCACAUUCUGAACAUCUCGCCGCCGUUGAGCAUGUUGCCCAAGUGGUUCGGUCCUCAUGUGGCCUACACCAUGGCCAAGUACGGCAUGUCCAUGUGCGUGCUGGGCAUGGCUGAGGAGUUCCGGGACCAGGGAAUCGCCGUCAACGCCCUCUGGCCUCGCACAGCCAUCCUUACGGCCGCCAUCGAGAUGCUCACCGGCUCCGAGUCGGCCAAGUGGUCUCGCAAGCCUGAGAUCAUGGCAGAUGCCGCCUACGCCAUUCUGAGCAGGGAGCCCAAGCAGGCCACGGGUCAGUUCUUCGUGGACGACGAGGUGCUGGAAUCCGUGGGAAUCACGGACCUUACUGACUAUGCCUGUGUCCGGGAAAAUGCCGACGCACUGAUGGUUGAUUUCUUUGUAGAGGAAAAGGGAGCUCCUACCGGAGGUGCAGCUUCUGCUGGAGCUGCUGCUGCCGCUCCCGCUUCAGGCGAUGGAAAGAUACCCCAGCUGUUCCAGAAAAUCGAAUCUCUGCUCUCGCCUGAGAUCGUCUCCAAGACGCAGGCCGUCUUCCAGUUCAACAUCAGCGGCGCCGAGCAGGGAACCUGGUUCCUGGACCUCAAGAACGGCUCUGGCUCGUGCGGCUCCGGCACCCCAUCCGCCGCCCCCGAUGCAACGCUGUCCAUGAACUCUGAAAAUUUCUUUAAUAUGUUUUCGGGAAAGCUAAAGGCAGCUCCAGCUUAUAUGUCUGGAAAACUGAAGAUCAGCGGUGAUUUCCAGAAGGCCCUCAAGCUGGAAAAACUGAUGAAGGCAUUGAAGUCCAAGCUGUAGGUUAACAACUUUCACAGUCCCAGUUUUAUGUUAGAUACACAGAGCCCAGCAGGAAUCCAUAUUGUUCGAAAGAUUACGAGAUUUAUAUGUUCCAAGCCUCGAUAUGGGAUCCUAAGUUACGUAAAGUUGGAAUUUUGAACUGAAGAAUUCGAAAAUUUUCUAAUAUUUAUGCUAAGAAUGGAACUAGAAUAAAGAUUUUUUCCAAGA